GUGUUGGUCUGUGAGGCGGUGCGUGUUGUGAAAAUUUGAUUCUGACGUUAAAUGUCGAGUUUUUCGCAUCCAGGCCUCGAUCAGAGCCUCUGUAAAUGAGCGUUGAGGCCUCAGAGUAAUAUGAGCCGAGCGUUCUCGGUGGAGGUUCUGAAGGUUGCGGUCGGCCACAUUUGUCAGAAUAUCGGCUGGCAUAAUGUGAGCCAAACGUCGCUCGGCAUACUGGUAGAUGUCCUUCAAAAGUACAUGAUAGAACUAUCUAAAUGUACGACCAGCUACGCCAAUGCAGCGGGCCGCACCGAAUCGAACACCGAGGACGUGUUUCUCGCGUUCCGAGACUUCGGUCUCACCGAGCGGGAACUCCUCGACUAUAUGCUCAAUGUUGACUCCCUUCCAUUCCCGAAAAAACUACCGCUGUAUCCGAUCGAACAAGCUCCAUUACUGUGCUUCCCGAAGACCCAGGACCCCCAGAAACCCGAAUGGAUCGAGCCACAUCUACCGAGUAUUCGGCCGGAUCAAGAGGAAGAGACCUCCGAUGCCCAUACGGUUGUACCCGAGUCACCCCAAGUCGAGACGACCAUAAGGCGAACUGAGGAAGGCGCAUCGAUAAAGCUCACAAUUAACAAGAGAGCGAAGGGCCAUGAAUCCCUUGUCAACAUAGGAGACCCCGUGCCAACAGCAGACGAGGGAACUCCGAUGCGCGAAGUGGGCGCAGUCUUGAUGACACCUUCAGGAUAUUUGUCAGCUAUUCGAGAAGGAAAACUUCCCGAUCCUUGCCAGCCUUCGAAGCUUCUCUUGGAUUUGCGCUCUGACGGAGAUAGUUCCGAGGAGGGGCAUCCCAGCAAAUCAACGAAAAAGAAACGGAAAGCCAAGACAGCGGAAUCGAAAGCCAACAAGUUCUUCGAUGAGAAAGUCAAUGGCGAAUCGAUAGUGACAUCAAUAAAGAUCGAGAAACCGGUGAAAGAGAAGAAAACGAAGGAACCCAAGCGAGGCAAGAAGCGCAAAAGUCCCGGAGGUCGUUCGCCCAAGGCUGCGAAAGCUCCGCGGCUAUCCCUUGCUGAAGAGAAGAAUCUAAGCCCAAAACCCAUACCGAAAGUGAAACUAGAGACCAUAGCUGAAACAGUUCAUCCAGAGGCGGCCAUUGUCUCCGACAACGAAAGUCUAAGCUCGCUUAAACUUCGAAUGGACGACAAUUGCGAUAAUGAAGAUCCGACCAUCGACAAGGAUGAAAAGGCGGUUCUUUCACGCAACAUCGAUGACGCCAUCAACUCAGUUGUCGAAUCUGCGCGAAAGAGUACUGCUGAGAAGUCUCGGGACGAUGACCGAGCUCGAAAGAAGUUACAAGUUGACGAUUAUUACGAUUACCUGAGCGAUAGCGAUAUGGAUGUCGAUGUGAAAUCCAACGCCGAUUUCUCGGAUCGACCGAAAACGCCUCCGGACGAACCAGAGGUCCGCGAAAAGAAAGUUCCAACAAGCGGGGCGCGUAAGGAGAACGCCGUCAAGGCGAGUCCGCUAGUGGAGUUGGUUCGUCAGAUGCCAGAUCAGCCCACCAACGAAGACUCGAGUUCAUUCCUGACGCCCUCAGUGACCAUUACACCCAUUCCACCGAAACCUCCCACUCCGACGCCACCUCCGCCUCCACCGAUCGUGAGCACCCUCACUGUUAAAACUCUCGCCGAGCGUAAGGGAAUGCCUCCCAUCGAGGUGGAAGACAAGUUCAAGAAGAAAGACAAGAAGAAGGAGCGAAAAGAUAAGAAGGACAAAUCGAAGAAGAAGGAAGUUCCCAAGCUCACUCUCAAGCUGAGUUCGGCAUCUUCACUCACAGAGCAGCUUUUUGCGCCCACUCCGCUAAUAAGUACGACUCCGGCUCCCAAGGAAAAGGAGAAAGAGAAGGAGAAGAAGACCUCGAUCCUGAAGGCGAUGGUCAACGAAGUCGACUCCGACAGUGAUGACCUGUCUCCUGUCAAGAUGAGUUCUCCUCCCGCUUCCAAAGCGUUGCGCAUCAAGGAGCCAAAGAAGCCUCCUAGCAAUAAGAAGGAGAAAACCACCCCAUCAUCGAAGAACUCCAAGGUUCUCUCACCGCUACCGGUGACGCCUGUUCACCCCGAGAUUACAAUUACACCGAUACCCGCUCCAUCGUCGAAAAAAGACAAGAAGAAACCCAAACAAGCGAUAAAGAAAGAGGAGAAGGAGAAGAAAUCCAAGGAGAAAAAGGACUCGAAAGGAGCUCAAGUCGAGGUUGUUACCGUCGGAACAACGAUAGACGAAGACGGUAACAAAAUCUGGAUUUGUCCAGCUUGUGCAAAACCCGACGACGGAAGUCCAAUGAUCGGAUGUGAUCAGUGUGACGAUUGGUACCACUGGGAGUGCGUUGGUAUCGAUGAGCCGCCGUCCGAGGAUGUCCAGUGGUUCUGCACGCGCUGUACAAAGAACAAAAAGCCUCAGAAGAAACAUCAGAAAAUCAAAAAAUGAGUCAGUUGUGGUAAUAAUUUGUUUAUAAUUGAGCGAGAGAACGCGAUCGUGAAAAAAAGUGAGAGAGAGCGCUUUUGUUUGUUCCAAUCGAGAUCACGAUGUUGUAGCGUGGAUACUUUUCAGCUUCUACCUCUGUGAAUAUUCCCCUGUUUGGUUCUGU